UCUAUAGGUGCGGACACAAUGAGCACAUUAACGGCAGUCCCUUAUUAUUACGGGUCUCACCAUUUGGAGGAAAAGACACCGAAACGGUACUUCACAUUAGGAGUAUUGUGUUGUUGUAUAUCUGGAUUUGUCUUUUUUAUUGGAAUUAUUUUAAUGGUUUUUGGUUCAUCGCCAGCACAUCCCGAAGCCAUUUGGAUAACUGGUAUAGUGUUUCUCCUAUCGGGUGGUCUACUUUUCUUUCUGGGCAUUAGCUCUAUUGGCCUCUAUCUGUCCAAAGAGGAUAAGCGAAAGCGUGACCUCGAGAUGGCCCGAACCCGACACUAUGCCUCCAGUAUAGCUUCGGCUCGAAGUAUUAGGUCUAGUGAUAUAUACCUCAUUGACUGAUUUGAUAUAUACGCACAAAUAAAACAAUACAU